AUGUCUACUACUGAUAACUGGGUUAAAUUAUAUCGAUGGUGGCAAGAACAUUUAAAAUUUCAUACUGUUUCAUCAUCAAUUCAUAAUGAUAAUAAUAUCUUGCAACGUCGUCCAUCAUUAAUACUUUUUCGUUCAACAAAUAAUUUACAAUCGAAAAAAAUCAAAAAAUGUGCUUCAUUUGCUGGUAUUGCUGAACGUAGAACUCAUUACAAUGACUUUCGACAUGUGCAUGACAGUAUUCGUGGUAAUAUUCCUCAUGCAACAGAAAUGACAUCAAUAACAAUAUGUAAAGAAAGGGAUCGAACUCAAAAAUCAAGAACAUGUAAUUUAACAUCGGAUGCAAUUUUAUCGAAUGAACAUAAACUUAUAGCUUCGAAAUCGACAUCAAUGUAUAAAAAACGUAAUCAUAGAUCUCGACGUUUUUCUCUUGUCAAGUUCGAAUCAUCCAGUGCGGAUUCAAAUGGAACUAAAGAUGAACCAAAGCCAACAGCUACAUCUACUAGUCUUAAUCUUAUUCAGAAAUUACUUUUUCGACAAAUUAAUCCUAAAACUCGACCUUAUUCAAUGGGCAUUUCUUCUGAUGAAAAUACAUCUAUAACGAAAAUAGCAAAUGAAGCAUCCACUAAUAUUCAAACGAAUGGCCCAACAAUUUCUAAACAAUAUUGGAUUAGUUCAUCAUCAUCAUCUUCAAGUAGUUCUAAACAAAAUAAUCGUCAAGUAGAAGAACAUUUAUUAGCAUCACCGUCUAAUAAAAUAUUAUCCAAGAGUCAUCAAUCCGAUUUAAAUUCAUAUGUAUCUAAACGGCGCAACACCACCGGAAGUAUAUCAUUCAAUAAGAUUGUUGAUACUAAAAGUCCUCUAAGUGGAAAUACUCUAAAAUUAGCAACAGCUGUAAAUGCAUUUAAUAGUUCAAGUAAUAAAAUAACAAAUGACAAAGAUAUUUUCCAAACAGUCGAAGAUUCAGAUUUACCUGCAACAAAACAGUUAAUUCAAACAAAUAGAAAUGUUAUUAACUCAUACAAUGAAUACGAUUGGUGUCCAUUGGAUAUUGCUAUAAUGCUUAAUAAUAUUAUCAUGGUACAACUUCUUUUACAGCAUCAUGCUGAAGAAAGUUCAAAACUUCAACCAGAAGAAUCUCGUUAUCAAAGUGUUUGUCAUCAAUUAUCAAAUCUUAAUGAACAAAAUUUGGAUGAAACAAUUAAGAAAUCUUCAUCAAACAGAUUAGCGCCUGAUGAUAUUCAAUUACGUCGUUCAUCACCAUCAUGUGAUAGGCAACAACGUCAUCGUCGUACAAGUAAAAAUCAACAACAGUUUCAUCAACAACAUUAUUUAACACUGACUCAAAUGAAAGAUAAUUAUGAGCAAGCAGAUGUUCCUAGUGCGCCAACAAAUGUUCAUUUAGUGGUUACUGGCUCAGAUAAUAUUACAGUAACAUUUGAUGAGCCACUUCGAUCUAAUGGAGCUAUGAUUAUUAAAUAUAAAAUUGAAUGGAGUACAGAUGAAUUCUUUACUAAUCUAUCAUCUGAUGUAAUUAAAAGUUGUUUUUUGAGAGAAUAUAUUAUUCGAAAUUUAUCUGUUGGACAAAAAUGUUAUGUACGAGUAUCAGCUUCAAAUAUGAAAGGCUUUGGUGAAACAAAUGUUGCUAAUCCACCAUAUUGCACUCCAUCAAAUUGGCGAGAAUUCUCUAAAACAUCACGUACAAAUAUAUGUGAUUUGCGUUUUGAAGAAAUUCAAAACAAAAUUUUUAAUGAACGAGAAGGAAAUGGAAUGAAUAGAUCAUUAGAUGGAAAUGAAUCAUCUGACACACCAAGUAGAAGAAACUAUCGUCGAAGUUAUGGAAAUCUUCGAAAAAAUUUUCGACAAUUAUUUCAAUUUUAUCCGCGAUUAGCAAAAUCGAUAAAGCGAGGACUUUAUUUAGUAUCUGUUAUUAUAAAUAGUGAUCGAAUAUUAGUAACAAAUGAAGAUGUUUUACCAAUGGUUGAAGUUGAUGAAAAUUAUGGUCAUAAUCUAUUGACAGAUUUUCAAUGGUUUAUGAAAUUAACAUUUGUUUGGGAAGAUUUAAAAAGUGUCAGACCUAAGCUAGAACGAUGCUCAAGUGCAACUUCAUUUUAUUUAAGAAUGAAACUUGUUCAAGCAGCUACUGAACUUCAAACAUUGGAAGAAAUAAAUAAUCUUGGUCGCCUUCAUCAUGCAUAUAUUCGUGAUAAUGAGGGUAAUGUAGCAUUUGUAUUGAUCAAUGAUUUGUCUUCUGAUACACGUACAAAUGUUUCUCCGUCAAAUUUAAAAUGGAUGACAAUGACAAAAUUUUUUGAACUCAUGAAAGAAUCUUCAUCAUUAACAACGAAUUCAUGUCUUCAACAAAUAAUAGAAAAACUUCCAGAUAUGAUCGAUUCGUAUUAUGCAUCCAUGCGUUCUCUUGAUCCUGGUUUAUAUGUUGCAUAUUUAAAAAUGCAAAAUAGUGUAGAUUCAAUACGUGUUAUGGUGAAUAAACAUAUGCCUGGUUCAUUGCCCUGUACAAAAAUUCGUUCCGUAGCUAAUGUAUCCAGAGAAGAGUGGAAAUGGUUACAUACAAAGAAUAAUGAAAACUCAACGAAAGAUGAAUCUUCAGAUAAUAGUCUUGAAAUAUUUAAAACUCAAUUUUUCGAUGCAGCUAAAGAAUUAUUUGUAAUGCUUGAUCUUCCUGAAACGCAUUUUUCAAAUAGUCGUAUAUAUGACUCGCAAGUUGUUGAAAUUCGUGAUGAUCUAUCAUUAAUUAUUUUAAUGUCGACUGCUGAUGAAGUUAAUAUUCUUUCUUCGCCAUCAAAUCAUUCUCUUGCAUCCUUUAUUUAUUUACCUGUGUAUAUUUUUGAAGUUUUCCAACAUUUAAGUAAUAAUUAUCGUUUUAUAUGUCAAUACAGUCGUAUAUCAAUCUGUCUUGAUUUCGAGUUAAUAUACGCUCAACAAAAUCAACGUGAAGCAUUUUCAAUCAAUGAAUUAGACGAAACGCGCUAUCGUCUUAAUAAUUUAUUAUCGUGUCAACAAGAUCUUGAUGAUAUAUGGCGUUUAUCACGUUGGCUUGUUCAUGUUAUAAAUUGUGCGAAAGAUAAAACAUAUUCUGGUAUAUCACUUCAACCAUUUCAAGCGUCAACAAAUUUAAACAACAUAAAAAGUGAUCGGUCUCCGUCUUUAAAAUCUCCAUUUAAUUCAACUAAAUAUUUGAUAAAACAAAAUCUUGAUAGUUGCAUUGAUAUUGACAAUAAUAUAAUUGAAUUAACAUUUUAUAGAUCAUUAUUAACAUCAAAUUCAUUUGUUCCAUUUAAAUUAAAAGUAAAUAAACUAACGAAGCUAAAUGAAAUUUUGCAAAUCAUUUUAAAACAACAACAAAAUAUAUUUUUUAAACCGAAUUCAUUACUAAAUUUCGUUUGGGUACGUCCAAAUGAAUAUGAAGAUAUUAUUGAAGAAAAUUUAACAGCGUAUGAAAUUCAAACACGUCUUCUACGUUUUGGUGGACAAAUUCAUAUUCGUUUAAAUAGUUCAUCAUUAUCGAAUUCAUCACAAAUGCUUCAUACAACAUUAAAUAUAUUGCCGUCUAACUUAGAAAUCAAUUCAAAGAAGCCUGGAUCAAGUGUAAGCUUGAAUAUUUAA